UUAAACGUCAACAGCCGUGUGCCCUGGGCUGUCCAGCAACCCACCCACCCACCCGUACCCAAACCGCUGUCUUCCCAAAAGAAAGGAAGAAAAAAGGCAUCUUAUUUCCCGCCCAAGAACACCUUUCGGCUCCACCAGGUUUUUUCUUCCGGCUCGGUGGGGACUGCCAACCCACCACCCUUGUCAUCACCACUACCACAUCCACCACUGCCGAGCACGUCCUCGCCCUUUUGUCACACUACAAGAUGGCUGCUUCGGGAAGCAGUAAUAGCAGCAGUCGGACCAUGCAAUCCCGCACCGGGAGGAGCAAGCAGCGCUACAACACCAAAGGCGAGCGGCUGGUUGCCGGGGUCGUCGCUCUCUCAGCAGACAAGCAGUAUGUGCUCCUGACACAGUCGACCCGGAGGAAAGGCUGGGUCCUGCCCAAGGGAGGCUGGGAGACGGACGAGGAGUGCACCGAAGCCGCCGAGAGGGAGGCCUGGGAGGAGGCCGGGAUCGUCGUCACCAUCGACUACGAUCUUGGCCAGAUCGAGGAGUUGAGGGCGCCCAAGCUGUCUUCAAAGACAAAAAGCGGCAAGUGCGAAAAGGCCGUGUACCACUUCUACGAAGCAACCGUGACGAGCGAGGAGCAGGAGUGGCCCGAGAAAGACAAGCGUCAGCGUCAAUGGAUGACCUUCGUCGAGGCUUGGGAGUCGCUCAAGGAGAGGCCCGAGCUCCAGGAGGCACUGAAUCGCUCCACGAUGAAGAGAUAAAAUAAAGGGCGAGCGUCCGGCGCGCCCUUUCUUUUGGUUCUCACUCCCCCUUCUUUCCGUGCUAUCACGCGGCACUAUCUUGCUUUUUUUUUUUUUUUUUUG